CUCAAAGUAUAUAUUUUCAUCCUUCCACUUUUAUUCACCUCCAUACAGAAGACUUUAAGAUUGUUCAACUAUAUUAUAUCUUGCGCAACAACUCAAUUCCCAUCCAAAGUAUCAACAAUGUCUGAAGAAAGAACUUUUAUUGCUAUUAAACCAGAUGGUGUUCAAAGAGGUUUAAUCUCUAACAUCUUGGGCAGAUUCGAAAACAGAGGUUACAAGUUAGUCGGUAUCAAAUUAGUCCAACCAACUGAAUCUUUAUUAAAGACUCAUUACAGUGACUUGACUGAAAAACCAUUUUUCCCAAAAUUGUUAUCCUACAUGUUAUCUGGUCCUGUCUUAGCUACUGUCUGGGAAGGUAAAGAUGUUGUCAAACAAGGUAGAGCUAUUUUAGGUGCCACCAACCCAUUAAACUCUGCUCCAGGUACCAUCAGAGGUGAUUUUGCCAUCGACAUGGGUAGAAACGUUUGUCAUGGCUCCGAUUCUGUUCCUUCUGCUGACAAAGAAAUCUCUUUAUGGUUCAAAAAAGAAGAGUUAGUUGACUAUCAAUCUCACUCAUUCAACUGGAUCUACGAGUAAAUUAUAUUUAAAUAUAUUUACAACUCAAUUGUUAUUCUCAAUUAUUUGUCUCAAGUUCCUGAUUUCAGACUAAUAAUUAUACAUUUAUUUAGUAACUUAUAUUUUCACAUUUACAAUUCUCUUUAAAUAUCAUAACCUUUAGUGUCUAUUCCAAUUGAAAAAAUUUUCAUUUGUAGAACUGCAACUUUUUUUCAAACAGUAAAAUUCAAAUUGGUUCAUUCUCUCGUUCUCAGUCCCUGUGAAAUUGUAAUUUUUCAUUUUUUUUUAUUACAAACUUUGUUUGGUCCAUUUUUAAAUAUACUGAAAUUG